AUGCCGGCCUCGGCCGACACUGCGGGGCAGCAUGCGGAAGCCCCGUUGAUGGCCUCUUCAAACAAGCCGGCGCCAGUCGACAUACAGCAUCGCGGUGUCGUCGCCAGAAGAGAAAAGGACGCCGUGCCGACCCAGCAUGUCGACAGACAAGACUCCGACAGCAGCUGGAGGAGCGCUUUCCAAGGGCGUACCGACACCAUCUCGUCCAUGUCGACCGCGUCCAGCAUCACGGAACCGUCUAGUCCCGUCGCAGCCACUUUCCAUGACGAACCCACCAUCGUCGAUUACGCAAGCCCGUCAUCUAGUCGCCACUCCAGCUUCUAUUACCGGACAGGACCAUCCCGGGCGUUGUCGAUCGCCUUGACGGACCUAGACAAGAGCUCACCCUUCCAGGUUCUCCCACCCCUAAACAACACGCCGACGCCCAUAUUCACACCGACACCCAGGCCCCGCCGGCUCCAGGACUUAACCAUGACCCCAGUCUCCCACAGGGGAAGCUUUGGGAGACACCCAGGCCUGAGCCUGUCUCACACGGGUUCGGCCCCUGGUUCUCGGAGGGGAUCCAACCAGUCAGCCGCACCGUAUUCCGGAUUGGCAGCCGCCCACCCCGGACACAACACGAACCUCGGAAUAGCUGACAACGACUCUGGGCGUUCGCUCAGCCCCCCGACCAGCCCUGAGCUGCAGGCAGAACAGGACACCGCCGUCAAAGUCGAGGCUCCAGACAUGGCCAUGUUGAGCCGGGUCGGAUCCAUCGCUGAUGAGCCCCUGGCGCCAAUGGACGACAAUGACGACGACGACGGCGGCAUAACACCUGUCGAUACCAGACCGAACAAUCCACACGCGAGGGACACUCCAGCCUGCAAGUCCCCCAGAGAGGAACAGAACUGGAUCCCGGACGACGACACGUCCGACUCCAUGGUCGAAGACGACGCCGUGCUGCGUCUGGAGCCGCGCGACCGACUGGUCCAAGACGUCUGCGACAGGCUCCUGCGCGACGUCUUCGGCGUCGAGCUCAAGGACCUGGACCACACGGGCGCGGCUGCCGAGGCGUACAAGUCGGUCAGCUACUGUCUGGACGAGCUCUCGCACGUGGUUCCCGCUAGCGCUCUGCCUAACCCUGGGGAUUUCGUCCACGAGGCUUCUCCGGGAGACACUGGCUCGACGACCACCCGAUAUUUCGGGGCUGGUGGCGAUGCCGGCGCAGGUGCAGGCCGUAGCAACAAGCAGGACACUGGCAACGGCAACGGCGGCCAGAAGAGGCCUCUAGACAAUGGCGACAACGACCCGAACAACAACGGGUCUAGCGAUGGCAACGGCCCGGGCGGUGGCGGGGGUCCCGGCGGCAAGAAGCCCAAGCUGAUGUCGGAGCCUCAGGACCAAAACCUGAGCUGCCCGUUCCGCAAGAGGAACCCCGUCAGGUUCAAUGUCCGAGACCACCAGAGCUGCGCUGUGCAGUCCUUUCCCGACAUCUCUCAGCUCAAACGCCACGUCAAGAACUUCCAUAAGCCGAGAAGCGCCUCUGUCUUCGCGUGCCCGCGGUGUAAGCAGGACAUGAAAACAAAGGAGGCUUACGAGGACCACCUGGCAGUGCCCAACAAUGAGAUCUGCACGCCCCAGGAAGUACCGCCGAGUCCGGACCCCGAGAGCGGCAUCACGUCGCGGAUCGAGGACCUGCUCAACGGCCGCAAGGCAAACUCGAAGAUUGACACAUGGGACAGCCUCUUGCGCACCCUGUUCCCGCUCGACCUUGACCCGUUGGACCCUGAAUUUGUGCCCCCGAUCGAGCUUGACGAAGUGUGGUUCGAGUUUCAGGACGACCUCAACAAAGAAGAAUUGAGGCGUCGGAUGCAGCAAGAGGAAAUGAGAUGCUUGGAAGACGACGGGGACGUGAGGGACUCUGUUGAGCGGCGCAUCGCCGUGUGCAAUGAACAUAUCGAGCACGUCUUUGACAAGUGCCGAGCCAAGACCAAUAAUCUCUCUGGCCAGCCGAGACGCAAGCGGGGUCCGGCAACCAGCAAGCAAGCAGCAACAGCAAGCCCGGAAGACCAGCGGUACCUCACGCUCCCGCGCAACAUCCCCAAGAAGCAGGGCGGCGGCAGCCCGAGCAACGGCAGCAGCCUCUCGUCGUCCUUAGACACCAACAGUAACGGGUCCUGGGUCAAGAUUGGCCAGUCGCUCAUGCAAGCACCAGCAAGCGGCGUGGAGUAUCCGGUAUCGAUGGGAGGCGACGCUAUGGUUGCUGCCGCUACCGGCGGCGUGGGCCCCACAUGGGCCCUGUCAACCGGCUUCGGGGCUCAAUACCACAACGACAUGACCCCACGAGGCGGCAACAACCACAACAACGCCUAUGCCGACGACAUAUUCUACCACCAGCAGCACCACCAGCAACAACAGCAGGCUUCCGACGGCUACGGGGGGCACCGCCACGCACACCCGCACGUCCACUACCCGGGCAUGCCCGUGAGCAGCUAUCCCGAUCAGAACGUGCCGCUGAUGUCUCCGCCUAGUGAGCUCCCGCUACGUCUGCCGGUGCAGAUGCCAAAUCCGAGCCUGCCAGAGGCCAUGAACCGGGGCUAUUUCCCGCAUGGCUAUCACGCUGUGACGGAAGACACAGAGUACGACGGCUAUACGUCGCAGACGCAGCACAGCAUGGGCAGCAGCGGUGAUGGCAGUGACACCGAGCGAAUCCCGACGGCAUCGCGCCCAGCACGCCCAGCGCGUGACACAGGCGGCAGCCCCCUUAACCUCAGCCUCAGCCUGUUCGCCCGCCAGUUUGCCCCUAACUGCAACUGA